CAAAGUCCCUGUCAUCUUUCACCCAACAGUGCCCUGAUAUCUAUACACCAUCAGUCCAUUUGCAGAAAUAAUCAAAUGUGCAUACCAAAAAGUUAAAUUUCCCAUGGGGAACAACCUACCAAAUCAAAACAAAUGGGAAACAAAAUGAAUAGAAAGUAAAAGUAAAAUUUGGAAAGACAGAAUCAGCAUGCUAAAUUCCGUUGCUUCUGUUUGUUUUCUUGGUUAUUGUUUUUUUGACUGAAGAAUGGCUGAUGUACAGUGUGUCAGUUUCAGGUGUACCACAUAGUGAUUCCACAAUUCUAUACAUUACAGAAAGUCAGUGUAGUUGCUUCCUGUCACCACGGAGACAUUGCUGUGUUACUAUGUUCCCAAUGCUGCGCUUUUCAUCCCUUUGACUUGUUUGUAUUAUAAUUGGAAGUUUAGAUUCACCUCUGGGAUCCAAGGAAAGAUGUGCCCAUGAGAUUGACGAAUGUUUCUUGGUUCUGUUAGACCAAUCCACUGGGCAUCUUGGUGGAACUUCCAAAACUGUCAAAAGAUAGCCUCAGGAAAAAAUAAAACCAUGAUUCUCAUACAAAAAAAGAGAGAGAGCAGGAAAGAGAGAGAGAGAGAGAAAGAGACAGAGAGAUCUACAUGUUUGGAGGUGAACUCAGUUCACUUUCUCUUUGGAACAACUUUGUAGGCCAUUUUCUUUACCGAUUCAAGCAUCUGCCAUACAUAACAAUUCAUCAGGCCAAAAAGAGUGCAACAAAUCAUGGAAGUAAAAGCCUCAAGGAAUCUCCAUGUUCUGCACUUAACCCACUCAAUUUCCUGCUAAAGUAGAAUUUCUUCCGUUGCUAAAGUAGAAUUUCUUCCGUGACUGCCAGCCCAUCAGGAUCAGCAUACAGCAGCAGUCUCCUUUGUUCCUUCUGUAAACUUUCCACUUUAGAAUCCCCAGGAGAGUGGUCAGCAGUCACCAAGGGAGGUUCUCUCCUGUCAUGUGGUAAUGAAACUGGCAGGCUGGCGGCUUCCUCCUGGUUGCCAUGGAAAUGACCAGGGCUGCUGGCCUUCUGAAAACAGAAAACAGCAAGGGCGCUGGUCCGCAGUCCACCCCGCCCUGCAGAUUAAACCAGUCUCAAGCCAGAGCCAAGGAUUGGGCAGAGGUCUGUGGAGUGGAGAAGCGAGCCUCACACUGGAACUACGAGAUGUGAGUCCCAGUGAACUGGCUCAUGUGGAGGGAACACAAAGACACGCUGGCACACACUGAAACAAGAAUGGCACCACCUUCUGGGCCCAGCCUCCUUCUGAUCAGCACACUGAGCAUCUUUACACUCAACAGCUUCACGAGAGGUCAGAAGAACAGCACGUUGAUUUUCACCAAGGAAAACACCAUUCGGAACUGCAGCUGCUCUGCAGACAUCCGGGACUGUGACUACAGUUUGGCCAACCUGAUGUGCAGCUGCAAAACUGUACUGCCUUUUGCAGGAGAGCGAGCCAGCUACAGUGGCCACUUGACCAUCUGGUUCACAGACACCUCUGCACUGGGCCUCCUGCUGAACUUCACGCUGGUCCGGGACCUGAAGCUGUCUCUGUGCAGCACCAAUACUCUGCCCACUGAGUACCUGGCUAUCUGCGGGUUGAGGAGGCUUCGCAUCAACACUGAGGCCAAGCAGUCCUCGCUGGAGCAGAGCUUGCUCCUCUAUAGCAGUGGGGAGAAUGAAACCAGAGAAAAACCCAUGUUGUUACACAAAGACUGGCAAACAUGUAUGUAUAUCUCUUUUUUAGAUAUGGCGCUUUUCAACAGGGAAUCGUCCUUAAAAUCAUAUAGUAUUGAAAAUGUGGCCAGCAUUGCCAACAAAUUUCCCUCCUUUUCUUACUUUAACACCUUCCCAGUUCUAAGAAACAAAGGCUAUGUUGUCACAUUCAUUUACUGACAUUAUAACUGCAUCCAGCCACCACAAACUUUGACACACUAUGGAUAACUUGAACAGGAAUCUGGGAAUGAGGCCAAUGGUAUCUCCCUACCCACAGCUUCGCUUGUUCCCCCAGCCCCAUUCACAAACAAAUAACCAGCCCUCUGCUUCACUCUCUGCCCAACCCUGGGAGCUGUUUUGAACACAAAAUAAAAAGAAACCAAAAACCAACUUGAGUACAGAAAUAUGUCUUAAGGUCCUUGACCUGAGGUCUGUGGAGAAAUGCCAGGUCAGAGAUGAUGGAGAAAGCAGAGCACUCCAGGGAUGGCUUAGUGGAAUUCGGCAUAGAGAAUGACCCCAAGAAAAUAUCAUCCUUCAAAACAGGGCCUAAACUUGUUUCUGUAUCAUUUUAUUAUAUUGACUGGAAUUCCCUUAGGUAGAGAACAAUAAAUUUCAGAGGUUCCUGGUCUGUGAGUUCCACAAAAUGAUGAGGUUCUCCUAGACUGAUAUUUUCCAGGUAUUUUGCUAAGAACAGAUGCACUGAGAAAGGGGAGUUUUGAGAGUGUGUUUGUGCGGGACAGGGUUGAAGCUUGGAGGCAGACCAGGCCUGGAUAGGAUGGGACCUCAGGCUAAAUAGGUCACUAGGAUGGGGAUACAGAAAUGAAAAUUGGGGGAGACAAAAACCAACUGCAUAAGCUCAACUUUUUGCUAAGAGCAAGGCCUAAACCUAGGGAAAAUAUGUCUUUUCCGGCCUUUCUCCAUCAUGCCUUCUUUCUUCCCCUUCCUUCUUCCACCUUUGUCCCCGCUGAACCCCGUUUCUCCUUUCAUUGUUUUCAUCCCUCUCUUCCUCUUUCUCCUCCUGCUCCAGAGAUCAGAACUUAGAUUAAUACCAUGACAACUAUGUUUGACUACAUUAGGGGCUAGUCCGGGAAUCUAACAAUCACUUGCAAUGUUAUUCCUAGGAGUAAAAAUGCUCAUAUUACUAAAAGACAAUUCACAAAAGAACUUUUAGGGCCCAGUCCAUUUGGAAGUUUAAUUCUGGAAAGUGAAAAUACUUUGUGUGACAUGGCUAACACAAAAUGGUUUUAUGUGUGUUAAUAAAAGGAACCAAGGCAACAUAUUUUUUUUAAAAAUUAAACUGACAUGAGUGUCCAAAGAAAACUUUUCCUCACAGAGAUUCAACUCACCAUUGAAGUGGACUAUAAAGAAUCCAUGGCAAUUAUGGUACACAUGUCUAAACCCAGAGUGCAAAGAAGUAGAAACAUUAUUGCAUUCACAGUAACAUGAGGAAAAGAAAUAACUUUACUAUGAAAUAACAGGUGUCUUGGAGUUGAUGACUUCAGAUCACAUUCACCCCAUUUUUCUCUUAACAUUAACAUAGGAUAACUGAUAUAAUCUGAAAUGUUUACAUUUGCCUAAUUGGUGGGGGGCUUGGACACUCAGGUGCAUUAAUUAGCAUGAGUUCAUAAUGUCAGUGUUGAAAUUAGGCCAACACUAAGACAGAAGUAUGAAUUUUAAUAGAAAAAUGCAGUGACCUCAUUACUGACAUUGUACUUGAGAGGUAAGAUUAAAGUGAUAGAAAAAGACAAGGGAAAAAAGGAGGAAAGACAGCAAGAAGGAUAUAAGUGAAAAGAUUAAUAAUGAAUUCACUGUCAUUAAUGAAAAUGCAAAAAUUGAAUUUCAAUGGACUUCUAUGAAGAAAGUAUAAGAUUAAAUGAUAUUAGGAAUUAUGAGCAUCUUAAUAUGUAUAUUUUCUAUUUGGUGGCUUUGAAUAGUUUCAAUGCUCUUUCUCAAAUGUUUUAUGUUUUAAGUGGUCUUUAUAAGAAAUAAUUGUAGAUAAAUGGGACUUAAAUCAAUAGACUAGGAAAGUUAGUUUAGUUACAAAUCAAGCCUUAAUUUUGCCAUAUUUCUGGACUGAAAAUGUAGUUCAGUUUGCAUUAACAGGAUAAAUAAGAAGCAGAGAAAAUCCACAGCACAUACAUGAGGAAACUGAAUUUGGGGCUCAGACACAAGGCUGGGGGAUGUUGGCAAACAGAGUGUACCUCUCACCUGAAGGGUCCCAGUAGUUGAGCUCCCAUUGAGUGCUGCCAUGAGAGAAUAUGAAGGGGCCAGAUCCCACCCUUCAAAAGAAUUAGGAAUUGCCCAAGUUCAGGUGAAAUUCACACCUGGUAAACAUUGCACACCACUCCACGUUUUUCUGUUUGUUGCUUUCAAAAACCCUGUGUGUCAAACAAACCAUGUCAGUGAUUCCCAUUAAGCCUGCAGCUAGCCAUUCAUUCCCCCUGACUAGUGACGUGCUGGUAAGAAUUUAACCAUCAGCUCUCCAAAAAAAAAAAAGUGCAUAGAUGAACAUGUACAUAGGUUUAUUAUAAAUUCUACUGAUAUAAAAGAUGUGUAGCACACAAUUUACAAAUGAUAGUAAACUAUAUAAUACUAUGUAUUAUAACCUCUAUGUACACAAUUAAUUCUCAAAGACUGUGUGCAUUAGUUGAUUUUUGCCUAACUCUUGUAUCCAAAGCCAACCCAAGUUUGUGCUUGAUGAGUGAGUUUGCUUCUAGCAGGAAUGUCGGUUGAUUAUUUCAUUUACAUUAGUGGUAAGAGGAAAAUGAAACAACAAAGAUGUAGUGGGAACAUCAUUUGUUAGUUAAUGGUAUAAGCAACUCCUUUGCUGAAGCAAAUAAUAGUUUUAAAAUCCUGGAGAGAUAUUUCAAUUUGGGGAACUAUUCACAAUGUAAGGGCUAUAGACAUGAUACAUUUUAAGUUCAUUCUGCAUUGUUAAGAUUUUUUCCAUCACACUCAACAAAACAAUAAACCAAAGCUUGAUAUGUAUUGUUUACUAAUUUCAGUCAUGUAAAUACUGCCACCAUAACCAAUUUCAAGCUACCCAGAGAAGUCACUGAACACAGAGUUGAGAAAAGAUGCACAGUAGGAUAUCAUUAAAUAGCAUUUCUACCCUACAGAUACAAUGGGUGCAAAUAAUUUCAAGAGCACAAAUAAUAGUAAAACAUAGUAGAAUAAUUAAGAAAUGAUGAGUU